CCACUGGUCAAGAGCCAUUCUGUGACUUUAUUUCCGGAAGUGCAUCUUCAGAUUGUCAUUUAUCCCAGAUCCAAGCAGACAUCCAGCUUUUACCAUCCAAGCCACAGAAUGACUCAUUGGUUCCACCGAAACCCAUUGAAAGCAACUGCACCUGUAUCCUUCAACUUCUAUGGCGUUGCUGGUAGCCCAUCAGCAAAUAAGAUAUGCAAUGACUUGAGGACAACGAGGGCAAGACUCUUGGAGAUGUUCACGGAUACCACCUGCAAUCCCGAGAUCAUGAAAAAUGCCACAGAUAUUUAUUUCUCACUCUUACAAGGAUUCAUUGCAUCUCUGGAUGGCACCACACAAGAGAACAAGCUUCGGUUCAUGCAGAACUUCAAGUGGACUGACACUUUGCAAGGAAACACCCCAAGUGCCCAACAAGAUGCUAUUUUUGAAUUGGUCUCCAUGUCCUUCAAUGUUGCAAUUUGGCACACCAAGUUUGCCUCAAGACUUGCAGGAAAGGAAAAUGUAACCGAGGUAGAAGCAAAAGAUGUCCACAGGAGCCUGAAAUUUGCCGCUGGGAUUUUCAAACACCUCAAGGAGGUCCACAUCCCCCGCCUCAUCACCCCAGCGGAGAAGGGCCGGGACCUGGAACCCAGAGUCAUCGACACCUACAUGUUCCAGUGCCAAGCAGAGGCACAGGAAGUGACGAUUGCCAGAGCGAUUGAACUCAAGCAUAACGCCACUCUCAUUGCAGCCUUGGCAUUCGAGACCGCAAACUUCUGCCAGAAAGCUGACCACACACUGAACACACUGGAGCCAGAGUGCAGCAGUAAGUGGAGGAAGUACCUCCAGCUGAAACAGCACUUCUACAUGUCCUAUGCAUAUUGCUACCAUGGACAAACACUCCUCGCGAGUGACAAGUGUGGCGAGUCAAUAAGAUCUCUCCAAGAAGCAGAAAAGUGCUACUCCAGAGCCGAGGCUCUGUGCAAAGAGUACCGUCAGACCAAAGGGCCGGGUAGCACGGCCAAGCCCUCUGAGCAACUCUUCUUCACCACGCUGGGUGGCCUGAUCAAAAAUACCCUGCAGAAGUGCGAGAGAGAAAAUGGAUUCAUAUACUUUCACAAGGUCCCAGCCGAGGUGCCCCAGCUAGAGCUGAAGGCUAGCUAUGGCCUGGCUGAGCCAAUCUCCUUUGAGUUCCCAGCCCUCAGCGAGCAGUGCACCCCUGAAGUCUACAACACCUUUGAUCUCACCAAGGGGGCCAAAGACGAGAAGGCCAAACCCAAGCAGGAAGAAGAUGUUAAGCUAGUGAAGGAACCAGAUUUGAAGCCUCAGAAAGAUACAGGCUGCGUCAUCUCCUAAACAGAGAUGUGGGGGGGCAGAAGAAAACAAGGACCAGAAGAAAAACAUGACUGCAUGGAUUUAUUGAUGCAUUGGUUUGUUUUAUCUGUUGUGUUUUAUGAUCAGUGAUUUACGGUAGUAUGACCAUCUGUUGUAGUUCAUUUUAUACAUAGUAGUUUUCUAUUUUUUUAUGUUCAUGAUAUUAUUGGGUCAGACUUUAUAUUUGAAAUGUUCUCUCACCAGUGCUGUUGGGGAUUUUGGAUCUUUAUUUAUUGCUGUCAUUUAAGAAACUGACAAUUAAUAUAGUAAGAACUUUUAACACUCCACGAUGAAUAGCCAAUCUUUUGUAGAAAAAAUUGUAUGUUUUCAAUUAUUUUAUUUUUCUAUUGCUGAGAUUCUCUAAUUGAAUCACAGUUUUCUUGCAAUUGAAAAGACACCGUACUCUUCAUUGCUGGGUAUGGCCUGUAUUUAUGAUAAAAACUAUUGUGGAAUAUUCCCCUCCUUUAUUGGAGACUUGAGGACAAGGCGGUGCUUGUCUUGGGUCAUAAUAACCUGAACAGGGCCAGCUGUUCAGUAGGAACAUGGAAUAACGUCUGGGAAGUUCUCAGGAAAGCGCGAUGUUCUGAACGUUGUAGAUAGAAAUGUCACGCAUGACUACUCUGCAUGAGAGAGUAGCAGGCCUGUUCUACGCAAAACCUUUGAACGUUCCAUAACAUUGUGCCCUAUGGAAGGUCUCCCGAGUGGCGCAGUGGUCUAAGGCACUGAAUCGCAGUGCUAGCUGUGCCACUAGAGAUCCUGGUUCGAA